CUGCCAGGAGGUUAGGAACUAUGAAGAUUCCCAGGGCUCAAUGAAAUGAUUCCGAACUCAAGCAUCUGUGUCGUUAUUAGAUAUUUUGUUUUGGUGCAAUACUGAGUGUAUACAUUUGAUGACUGGGUAUAAUCUCUCUAGACCGUCACAAAAACAACGGUAGAUGCCACUACUCAACUUGUGAGAACCAAUAAAUUCAGGGUGUGCGGGGGAGUUCUAUCAGUUCUCACGUUUUCUCCCCAUUUCAAAAGAGAAUCAGUACUCUCUCUCUCUCUCUCUCUCUCUCUCUCUGAGCAAUGGCAUUCUCCUCAGUACUCUCUGCAGUCCCAAGAAGGUUGGAGGGAAAGGUGGCUCUGAUAACCGGAGGAGCCAGCGGCAUUGGAGAAUGCACAGCCAAAAUCUUUGUCCAGCAUGGGGCCAAAGUCGUCAUUGCAGAUGUCCAAGAUGAUCUGGGCCAUUCAGUUCGCGAGUCCAUCGGGCCAUCGGACUGCACGUUCGUCCACUGUGAUGUCACAGACGAAUCCCAAAUAAAAGAUGCCGUACACAAAGCCGUUGCCACGUAUGGAAAACUAGACAUCAUGUUCAACAACGCAGGCAUAGUUGACCCAAACAAAGCCCGAAUCAUCGACAAUGAAAAGGCAGAUUUCGAGCGCGUGCUUAGCAUAAAUGUCACCGGAGUUUUCCUCGGCAUAAAGCAUGCUGCCCAAGCCAUGAUUCCUGCGCGGACGGGCAGCAUAAUUUCAACUGCUAGUAUAAGUUCAUAUGUUGGUGGUGCAGCCUCACAUGCAUAUUGUUGUUCCAAGCAUGCAGUUAAUGGCUUGACAAAAAAUGCAGCCGUUGAGUUAGGUCAGUUCGGGAUCCGAGUGAACUGCUUGUCGCCGUAUGCGCUCGCAACGCCGUUGGCUCGGACUUUUGUGGGGGUUGACGAUGAGGAGCUUGAGAAUGUGAUGGGAUCUCUAGCCAACUUGAAGGGCGUGACACUUAAGGCAGUGGAUGUGGCAAAUGCAGCUCUAUAUUUGGCAAGUGAUGAGGCUAGGUAUAUUAGUGGGCAUAAUCUCUUGAUAGAUGGGGGUUUCAGCAUCCUUAAUCCCUCUUUCAAAAUGUUUCAGUACCCUCAAGAGCCUUGAACUUUUUUGUUUUUGGUUCUUCAAAAAAGGGAUUAGUUGAUGACUUCGUCAUGGCAGUUUAUCCUCCAAAGCUUUGAUCCGUUCAGUUGC